UCCCGCCCUCAAAUUCAACUGGGAAUCUCAGAGACUUUUAGAGAACACCUAAUUCUUUCUAUUUACUAUGUCCCUCAACAUUCUUAUCGUGGGUAACGGUGGCCGUGAACACGCCAUUACCUGGAGACUUUCGCAGUCUUCCUCGGUGAAGCACAUUUAUGUUGCUCCUGGUAAUGGAGGAACUGCCUUAGAAUCCAAUGUUACCAAUGUUCCUGAACUUUCAGGAGCUCCAGAACAUUUCGACCAACUUCAAAAGUUUGCCGUUGAGCAUUCCAUUGAUUUGGUUAUUCCUGGUCCAGAACAACCUCUUGUUGAUGGUAUCACCUCCAUCUUCACCAAGGUUGGUAUCCCAGUGUUUGGUCCAAGUGCCAAGGCUGCCCAAAUGGAAGGAUCCAAGGCCUUUUCCAAGGUUUUCAUGGACAAGCACAACAUUCCAACCGCCCAAUUUGCCAACUUCACUGACGUUGAUGCCGCUAGAGAACACAUCAAGAACUGUGAUUACAAGAUGGUGUUGAAAGCUGAUGGAAUUGCCGCUGGUAAGGGAGUUUUGAUCCCAGAAACCAAGGAGGAAGCCCUUGCUGGACUCGACGAAAUCAUGGUCGCCAAGAACUUUGGUUCUGCCGGUGAUGAGAUUGUCAUUGAAGAGUUUUUGGAAGGUGAUGAACUCUCCAUCUUGACCUUCAGUGAUGGUUACUCUUUCUUCAACUUGCCAGCCGCCCAAGAUCACAAGAGAAUCGGUGACGGGGACUCUGGAUUGAACACUGGUGGUAUGGGUGCCUACGCCCCAGCCCCAAUUGCCACUUCCAAGGUUAUUGCCAAGAUUAACGAAACCAUCAUCAAACCAACCAUCGAUGGUAUGAGACAAGACGGAUUCCCAAUGUGCGGGAUCCUCUUCACCGGGAUCAUGUUGACCCCCUCCGGUGAACCAAAGGUUUUGGAGUACAAUGUGCGGUUCGGUGACCCUGAAACCCAAACUGUGCUCCCAUUGUUGACCAAGGACACAGACUUGGCCCAGGUCAUGUUGGCCUGUGCUGAACACAGAUUGGAUUCAGUCAAGAUCGCCACUGUUCCAGACUUGUACUCCACCACCGUGGUGAUGGCUGCUGGCGGGUAUCCAGAGUCGUACGGCAAGGGUGACAAGAUCACCGUCAAGAAGAGUGACGACGAAAAUGUCCACAUUUUCCAUGCCGGUACCGCCGUUGUUAACGGUGACGUGGUCACUGCCGGUGGUAGAGUCAUUGCUGCCACUGCCACUGCCUCCAGCUUGAAGGAAUCCGUCAACAAGGCUUACGCCGGUGUUGACCUCGUUUCCUUUGACAAGAAAUACAACCGUAAGGACAUUGCCCACAGAGCAUUCAGAGACUCUGAAAAGGUUGGUGGUGUCACCUACGCCGACGCCGGUGUUUCCGUAGACAACGGUAACCUUCUUGUCGAGACCAUCAAGGCCAAGGUUAAGUCCACCGCCAGACCAGGUGCCGACUCCGACAUUGGUGGAUUUGGUGGUCUCUUUGACUUGAAGAGCGCCGGAUACUCCAACACUGACGAAACUCUUCUUGUUGCUGCCACCGAUGGUGUUGGUACCAAGUUGAGAGUUGCCCAAAUCAUGGACAUCCAUGACACCGUCGGGAUUGAUCUUGUUGCCAUGAACGUUAACGAUUUGGUGGUACAAGGUGCUGAACCAUUGAUCUUCUUGGACUACUUUGCCACUGGUAAGUUGGACAUUGAAGUUUGUGCCAAGUUCGUCAGCGGGGUUGCUGACGGUUGUAUCCAAGCCGGUUGUGCCCUUGUUGGGGGUGAAACCUCCGAAAUGCCAGGUAUGUACGAUGCUGGCCAUUACGACACCAACGGUACCUCUGUUGGUGCCGUUACCAAGGGAAAGAUCUUACCUAAGAUCGAAGAAAUGGGUGCCGGUGAUGUUCUUAUCGGUUUAACUUCCGACGGUAUCCACUCCAACGGGUUCUCCUUGGUUCGUCACAUCAUUGACUCCUCUGACUUCACAUACCACUCUACCGCUCCAUGGACCGAUUCUGGCCGUACUAUCGGUGAAGAAGUUUUGGUCCCAACCAAGAUUUACGUCAAGCAAUUGCUUGGUCUGAUCAACGCUGGCCUUCUUCUUGGGUUGGCCCACAUCACUGGAGGUGGUCUUGUAGAGAACCUUCCAAGAGCUCUUCCAAAGCACUUGCAAGCACAAAUCGAUAUGAACUCCUGGGAAGUGCCUGCCAUCUUCAAGUGGUUCGGUAAGCAAGGUGGUGUUCCAUACGAUGACAUCCUCAAGACUUUCAACUUGGGUAUCGGUAUGGUUCUUAUCUUGAAGAAGGAGAAUGUCGAUGCUGUCUUGCAUAACUUGAAGGAAGCUGGCGAAACCGCCAUUGUCAUCGGGUCCUUAGCCACCAGACCUGAAGGAGAAGAAGGAUGUGUGGUUAGCAACGUUGAAGGUUUAUAUUGA